AUGGCGGAGUUCCCACCGGAGCUGAUCUUUGAAAUCCUUUUACGGCUCCCGCCCGAGGACUUGUUACGAUGCUUGUGUGUUUCCAAAUCUUGGAAUGCCACCAUCCAUGACAAAAAAUUUAUCAAAUCCCAUCAACGCUCCAUCCAAACCAAUUCUUUUGGCUCUCUUUUAGUAACUGCAGGUAAUUCCCACGACGGGAGGAAGUUGAAGUUCUCUAAUAUUUACAACGAUGGUACUAUAGAACGAGCCACGGGAAUCGGACAGUCGCCUCUGCUAGACGUAGAAGGCUGGACUCGUUUUCCUUACACGUUGGUCUCAUGCAAUGGGAUAAUUUGCAUUCGCACCGAGACGGUCGACAAGGUCGAGGAAUUUGUUUUGUGGAAUCCGUCAAUUCAAAAGUUCAAAAAGAUACCCUCCCCAACGUUUGAGCAGCCUCCAUCGUCAGAUUUAUAUUUGCACCGUUCCUAUGGAUUCGGGUAUGAUUCAGCAAACGACGACUAUAAAAUUUUGGGAAUUGCAAGGUUUUUUGUUAAAGGGGACUUGAAUAUUGCUGUGCACCAAUAUCAAAUUUAUAGCCUAAAAUCCAACUCAUGGAGAAAGAUAAAAAACAUGCCGCGCGAUGAGUUUCAAUUAGGUAUGAGUGAUAUCGUGUUUUCGAACGGUUCUUUAAGUUGGCAGGCAUAUAACGUAUUAGAUGAAAAAUUCUAUGUUGUCACCUUUGAGCUUGCCAGUGAGAAAUAUCACUGGUUUCCCAACCCGGUUGAUAGGGAUGGUGAUAUUUGGCUUGUAGAGGUCUUGGGAGACUCGCUAUGUGUUGUUCGUUGGUGCAUCAGAGAAGCUUGGAUUAUGAAGGAACAUGGAUCUUGGACCCUGCUUUAUUCGAUUGGGUGGGUCGAUGAGUUUCGUCGUGGUUAUUGGAAACCUGUGAUGCUCUCAAAGAAUGGUGAAAGUGUUCUUGUGCAGAUAGACUCUAGAAAGUUUGUUUGGCUUGAUUUAGAGAAAAAAAGUUGGAAAGAAGUUGAAAUUGGUGGUCUACACGACGAUGGUUUCAAAGCAACCAUUUGCAAGCGGAGCCUUUGCCUUCUUGAUGGCGACCCUGUUAUUGUUGAGAGGAUCAAGAAUCCCUUCUCGAGGUUUUCUCCUCCACUACUAGAUCAAGAAUCCCUUCUCGCCAAUACUGAGUGA